AUGAUCUCACCUACCCCGUUCAUAUCCUCGACUAAUUCAUGGCUAAUCCCCGAGUUCCUCAUCUCCAGGAUGGCUCACAAGGUGCUUCGAGUAUGUGAAGGGCACCUCGAGACAUGGGUAAUUUUUUCCAACAAACCAACCCUUAUCUUUACAGACCCUUCAGUGAUGCUGAUUAGGCGACGAUGCCCUAUGACCGGAAGGUCUAUCACCGGUUUUCGCACCAUGUUAGGUGUAGGGAUGGCAAUUUGCCCCACCUCAAUGGAGCCCCGUCCCGCCUCGCGUCAAUUUUUCUCGAUCAACGCGAGGAUUCCCCGCGUUGAUGGGGGAACGGGCGGGGCACCUCACGAGCGAGGACGGGGCAAGGAUGGGAUUUGCCUACCCGGCCCAUGGGUAGGCCUUUUGGUGAGAACCUUUUCUCACCAAAAGCUAGAAAGGCAGAUAUCAUCUGAUCAACUCUCAGCAUCAUACAUGGGUAUCUCCUCAGUGACAGAACCGAGACAUCGCAUCGGAGAACCAAAUCGACGUUUGUACGUGAUGUAUAGGACAGUAAUGCAUAUGUACGUUGAUAAGGAUAGGACUUCAUCU